UCAUGUCACAGAGUGUAAGUCUCUCCAACUACAAGCGGACGAACAAUGGGUCACGAGGCCUCAGUUCAGCUCGGUGGGGCACCGCACGUAGAAGAAGAAGAAGAAGAUGUGGAUGACAUCCUGUGCUUGUGGAAUGGCAGCUUGGAUGUGUUACAGAAGUUCUUAGAACACUUGAAUUCAAUACAUCGAAAAAUAAAAUUCACGAUGGAAGUUCAAAAGGAAGGAAACAUUAAGUAUUUGGACCUUAGCAUUACAAAUGACAAUGGUAACCAUUCCUUCCAGGUGUAUAGAAAACCUUCUCAUACUGGAGUGGUUAUACAUAACACUUCUUUCCAUCCGUUUUCCCACCGUUUAUCAUCUAUCCGCAGUUACGUAUACAGGGCCCUUGCAUUACCAUUGUCAUCAGUUGCCCUUGGUGAGGAGAUUGAUGUUAUCAAACAAAUAGCAAGGAAUAAUGGCUUCUCGGAGGGUUCAGUUGACAGGAUGAUAUGUAGAAGGAAUAGACAAGCUCUUGAACGAAGUAUGUAUAUUAACCAACUUCAGCAAAGUGAUGACGAACCUAAGCAAUAUGUAUCACUGACUUUCAAUGGGACGUCUUCCCACAGGAUUGCGAAGAUUUUGAGAGAACGGAUUAAUGUCAUGGUUUCCUUCAGAACUGUUGGGACCGUGAGUGAAUUGUUGAUGAGUAAUAAGGACAGAAAUAGUCCACUGAAUAAUGCUGGUGUUUACAAAUUGAAUUGUACAUGUGGUUCCUUUUAUAUUGGACGCACGAAAAGGAGUUUUGAUGUUAGAUUUAAAGAACACCACAGGUGCAUUAGACAGAAUAACACAGAGUCAUUGUUUUCUGAACACAUCUUGGAGACAGGACAUCCGGUAGAUCUCGAAGAAGGUUACAACAUAUUACAUAGGGAGAGAAGGGUUGGAGUCCUUAAUAAUUUGGAAUACCUUGAGAUAAUUAAGCAUUGUAGAUCCUGCCCAGAUAAGAUACUUAAUGCCCAACUCUCAAUUGAGCACCGAAUUUGUGCACUACUUAAGUGGAUGUGGAGACCGACAGAGGGCGCCUCCAGUUUGACAGUUGUGUGAGUGUUGUGUGGUUUCAUGACGAAACCGGUUACACACAAAGAAGUGGAGAGUUUUUAUGGGAUUGAAAAUAUAGACCUUUGUUCCUUUUUGUUUAUUUAUUCAUUGUUUACCGUCCCAUACUUUAUGGAUACACU